AUGUCAGAAGUUCAGUCUUCAUUUCAACAAGCUCUUAUUGGCAACGGAAAUAUGGAACAUACAAACAAUUUUUUAAUCAAAUUUAAAGGAUGUUAUUUUGCAAAUACUCAACUUAAUCUUGAAAUUUUAGAAAAUUUAGAUGAUUUUGAAAUCAGAGAUGAUGAUGUCUUCAUAAUCACAUACCCCAAAUCUGGUACUGUCUGGUUUCAGCAGAUGUUAUGCUUGAUUUAUUUUGAAGAACAUCGCAAAGGCAUUGGGGAUCUGGAAACAGUUGAACGCAUCCCGUUUAUUGAGUACUCCCCUCAAAAAGUGGAUUUUGCUGAAAAGCCAUCUCCUCGUCUCUUCGUUACCCACAUCCCAUACUACUUGGUUCCCAGGGGGCUAAAGAACAAAAAAGCCAAAGUUAUUUACAUAUACAGAAACCCUAAGGAUGUUAUGUGCUCAUUUUUUCACUUUUUAAAGAAACUGACAGCAUCCGCUACAGAUAACUUUGUGGAAUUCAUGAAACUAUUUCUAGAAGGAGAAGUGGUAGGAAGUCUUUGGUUUGACCACAUCAAAGGUUGGUAUGAGCACAAAAGCCUGUUCAACAUUCAGUUCUUGAUGUAUGAGGAGAUGAAGAAGGACCUCAGAGGCUCUGUGUUAAAAGUAUGCAAAUUUUUGGGGAAAGAAUUGAGUGAAGAGGACGUGGAUGCUGUUGUGAGACAGGCCACAUUUGAAAACAUGAAGAAUGACCCACGAGCCAAUUAUGACAAUAAACUCAAGACCUUUUUUGGGAUACAAAAAAAAGGUCAUUUCUUUCGCAAAGGUACGAUUGGAGACUGGAAAAAUCACAUGACUGCUGAGCAGAAUGAAAAGUUUGACAUGAUUUUCCAAACGAAGAUGAAAGAUUUUCCCUUGAAGUUCAUCUGGGAUAUGAAUGAAGAAUAG